AUGCUCGGGCCUCAGCUGCUGAUACUGGUGACCUUUGGGGGAACCCUGCUGGGCGCCGGUGAGUGGGCCAGCCCCAGCCGGGCUACAUGGGUCCCAGUGCCCCCUGAGGUGCUAGGCAGCUCACCCCUCCCACAGGCUGAGCCCCAGGCCUUCGGUGGCUACCCAAGUCUGAGUGACACUGACCCCUCUUUUGCUGACCCAGGCCUUCGGAGCCUGAAGGACUCACCAGCAGACCCCGGAUCUGAUACUUCAGACACCGGCAACCAGGGCGGCUUGCGCUCUUCUAAAGCUGCUGAGGACAUGGGUUGGUGCUCCACGUGGGGGCCUGGCCAUUUCUCCACCUUCGACCACCACGUGUAUGACUUUUCCGGGACGUGCAAUUACAUCUUUGCGGCCAUCUGCAAGGACGCCUCACCUACCUUCAGUGUCCAGCUCCGGCGUGAGUCCGAUGGAAGCACGGCACGCAUCAUCGUGGAGCUGGGCUCCACCGUGGUCACAGUGCAGAGAGGCAUGGUGUCUGUCAAGGACGUGGGGGUGGUCAGCCCUCCCUACACCAGCAACGGGCUUCAGGUCACACCCUUCGGCCAGAAUAUGCGGCUCGUGGCCAAGCAGCUGGAGUUGGAGCUGGAGGUUCUGUGGGGCCCAGAUGGCUACGUCAUGGUCUUAGUAGAGAAGAAGUACAUGGGCAAGAUGUGCGGGCUUUGCGGGAACUUUGACGGCGAGAAGACCAACGAGUUCCUGAGUGAAGACGGAAAGUUCCUGGAACCCCACAAGUAUGCAGCCCUCCAGAAACUGGACGACCCCAAUGAGAUUUGUGCCUACGAGGCGAUCCCUCGACCCCACGGUCCGCUGGAAAAACACGCCCGGACCUGCACCCAGCUACUGAGCUUGGUGUCUCCCGAGUGCAGCGUGCCCCGGGAGCCGUUUAUGCAGAACUGCCAGGCAGAUCUGGCGGGGUGUGCCCAGCCCGGUCAGCACAACUGCAGCUGUGGUACCCUCUCCGAGUUCUCCCGCCAAUGCAGCAUGGCCGGCCAGGUGGUUAACAACUGGCGGACGCCUGGCCUCUGCUCCGUGGGGCAGUGCCCAGCCAACCAGAUCUACAUGGAAUGCAGUACGGCCUACAUCAGGACCUGUUCCAACCCCAGACACAGCCACUCUGGUUUCUGUACCUGGGGUUGCUUCUGCCCUAAAGGGAUGGUUCUUGACGACCUCUCCAAAACUCAGACUUGUGUGCCAGUCUCUCAGUGCCCUUGCAUGCUCAACGGGGCAGUCUAUGCCCCCGGGGAGGUCACUUCAUCUGCCUGCAGGACCUGCCGGUGCGAUGAGGGUCUCUGGAGGUGCACCGAACGACCCUGCCCCGGCCAGUGCUCCCUGGAAGGUGGCUCCUUCGUCACCACGUUCGACGCCAGGCCCUACCGCUUUCACGGCACCUGCACCUACAUCCUCCUCCAGAGCCACCAGCUCCCUGACGGCGGCUCCCUCAUGGCCGUGUAUGCCAAGUCCGGGUACUCACACUCAGAGACGUCCCUCGUCAAUAUCAUCUACCUGUCCAACCAGGACAAAAUUGUGAUUUCUCAAGAUGAGGUAGUCACCAAUAACGGAGACAUCAAGUGGCUGCCAUACAACACUGGCAACAUCACCAUAUUCAGACAGACGUCCACCCACCUCCAAAUGGCCACCACCUUUGGCCUGGAGCUCACGGUCCAGCUGCAACCUGUGUUCCAGGCUUACGUCACUGUGGGGCCACAGUUCAGGGGCCAUACCCAAGGCCUCUGCGGCAACUACAAUGGGGACACGACCGACGACUUCACCACCAGCAUGGGCAUCGCCGAGGGCACCGCCUCACUCUUUGUGGACUCCUGGCGAGCUGGGAACUGCCCCGCGGCGCUCGAGCGGGAGACCGACCCCUGCUCCAUGAGCCAGCUCAACAAGGUGUGUGCCGAGACCCACUGCUCGGAGCUGGUGAAGAAGGGCUCCGUGUUUGAGAAGUGCCACUCGGUCGUGAACCCCAAGCCCUUCUACAAGAGGUGUGUCUACCAGGCGUGCAACUAUGAAGAGACCUUCCCCCACAUCUGUGCUGCCCUGGGUGCCUACGCCCACCAGUGUGCCUCCCACGGCGUCCUGCUCUGGGGCUGGAGGAAUAGCGUGGACAACUGCACCAUGCCCUGUACGGGCAACAGGACAUUCAGCUACCACAGCCAGGCGUGUGACCGCACCUGCCUGUCACUGUCGGACCGUGCACUUGAGUGUCACCCCAGCACAGUACCCGUGGACGGCUGCAACUGUCCUGAAGGUACCUACCUGAACCAUAAGGCAGAGUGUGUACGCCGGGCCCAGUGCCCCUGUCAGCUGGACAGUCAAAAGUUCAUCCUGGCCGGACAAUCCACCAUCAUUGACGGUGCCACUUGCUACUGCACCAGCGGACGGCUGACUUGCUCCAGCAAGCCGCCAAUGCUCCUGGCCAGCUGUGUAGCCCCGAAGACCUUCUACUCCUGCAGUCAGUCCUCCAAAAGCAAGUUUGGGGCGGCCUGCGCCCCCACAUGCCAGAUGCUGGCAACCGGCAACUCUUGUGUCCCCACCAGAUGUGAACCCGGCUGUGUCUGUGCUGAGGGUCUCUACGAGGAUGCCAAUGGCCAGUGUGUGCCCCCCGAAGACUGCAGCUGCGAGUUUGGGGGGGCCUCCUACCCUCGGGGUGCCGAGAUCAACACCGACUGUCAGACAUGCACCUGUGAACAGGGGAGGUGGGUGUGUAAGCAGAGUGCCCACUGCGCCUCCACCUGCACGCUCUAUGGGGAGGGCCACGUGAUCACCUUCGAUGGGCAGCGCUUUGUGUUUGACGGCAACUGCGAGUACACACUGACCACGGACGGCUGUAGCGUCAACGACUCAAGAUCCACGUUCAAAAUCGUCACUGAGAACGUCAUCUGCGGGAAGUCAGGGGUCACGUGCUCGCGGGCCAUCAACCUCUUCCUGGGAGGUGUGUCCAUCGUGUUGGCGGACAGAACCUACACGGUCAGCGGGCAUGACCCCCAGGUGAGCUUCCAGGUGCAGCCUGGCUCCCUGCACCUGGUACUGGACAUACACAUCGCCGGCAAGUACAACCUGACGCUCACCUGGAACAAGCACAUGAUGAUCAUCAUCAAGGUUUCCCGCGCUUCCGCGCAGGAUGCCCUCUGCGGCUUGUGUGGAAACUACAACGGGAACAUGAAGGAUGACUUUGAGACCCGCAGCAAAUAUGUGGCCUCCGAUGAACUGGAGUUUGUGAACUCGUGGAAGGAAAAUCCAUUGUGCGGGGACGUGAGCUUCGUGACGGAUCCCUGCAGCAUCAAUACUUUCCGCCGCUCAUGGGCGGAGCGCAAGUGCAGCAUCAUCAACAGCCAGACGUUCGCAGCCUGCCAUAGCCAGGUGUACCACCUGCCUUACUACGAAGCCUGCGUGCGGGACACAUGUGGCUGUGAUACUGGUGGGGAUUGUGAGUGUCUGUGUGACGCUGUGGCAGCCUAUGCCAAGGCCUGUUUGGACAAGGGCGUGUGUGUGGACUGGAGAUCGCCCGACUUCUGCCCAAUCUACUGUGACUUCUACAACACCCACACGCGGGUGGGCAGGAGCAGCGAGUACCAGUAUGCCCAGGAGGUCAACUGCACAUGGCAUUACCAGCCCUGCCUCUGCCCCAACCAGCCACAGAGCUACCUGCCCAACAACAUUGAAGGCUGCUACAACUGCUCCCAAGACCAGUACUUCGACGGCAAUGUGGGCGCAUGCGUGCCGUGUGCCCCGCCCACCACCACAGCACCAUCCAGCACAGGUGAUUGCGCGCGCACUAGAUGCCAAGAAGCCCAGCCCACUACACCCAUCAAGUCGACCCCAAGCACCAGUGGGUUGCUCAGUUCCUCAGUGCCGGUGGGCUCCACAGUGACCUCCAGCCUGCCAACCACGCCUACAGCCAGUCCUCAGACUUCUUCCUCUGGACACACAGACAUGGUCCCCACACCCGCCACGAAGCCAACUGUCUCCUCGGGAGACCACAGCAGCACUGACCCCUACUUCUACUCAGCGUAUUACGGCCACUGGACCCACAGUAACCCAUGCCACAAGCCAGCCCACAGCAUCCUGGCCCAGCAUGACCACACAGACUACAGCACAGACCACAAAACAUACCACAGUACCUACAGCAACUCCCUCAACAUUGGAAGUGACCUCGGGGACCCCAUCAGUCAAGGAAUCAGACCCGACACCAGCACGGUGUGGCCCAGCCCUGGGCUCAACCUUCAGCCAUGCUUCAUCGAGUUUUGCAUCCGUACCAAACCUGUCUCAAAGUCCUUUUACUAUGUCAGUGACUGCAUCUGGUACCCCACCAUCGUCCACGCUUUUACCCUAUACUUCGGCAAUUUCUUCUCUCCCUACCUUGCGGAUAACCACAUCAUCUAUUUCUUCCCCUGUAUCUUCAUCCAUCUCAACAACUUCAAUUUCUAUGAAGUCAUCAACUUCUGCUAUCGGGUGUGCAGUGUUGAAGAGCGUGAGGUGGAGAUCACGUACCAGGGAUGUACAACGAAUGUGACCAUGACCCACUGCCAGGGCACGUGCCCCUCCUCUGCCAGCUUCAACGUGGACACCAAACAGGUGGACACACUAUGUGGCUGCUGCCAUCCGCUAGUGUCCUACGAGAAGCAGUUGGUGCUGCCCUGCCCAGACCCAGCCGCUCCCGGGAACCAGCUGGUGCUCAACAUUCAGAUUUUUAGUAGCUGUGUGUGUGGCCGCCAGGCCUGCAGGGACUAG